UCGAACGGAAAAGUGAAAGUCCCAAAAAAAGACACCCUCCUCUCCAGUCCUCUUAUUUAGCUCUCAACCCAUCAAUUUGUGUUUCACAUUACUAGCCCAGCUUCACAAUGAAUGGUGCAACUCUGUCACUGGUGUUCUUGAUCAUCUUUGGUGUGACUCUGAUGUUUUGUGAAGGACGGAUUGGAGGAGCAACAGAGCGUUGUUCAUGCCAAAAAACAAAGCUGCAAAAGAGCGUAAAGCCUGAGCUUGUGGACAGGAUUGAGGUUUUCCAUCCAAGUGCCUCCUGUUCAUACACUGACAUUAUAAUAACUUCAAAAAGAGGAAGAAAGUUCUGUCUGGAUCCAAAUGGAAAGCAAGGCAGUGUGAUUUUGAGGCAGAAGGCACAAAGUGGAAAGAAGAAGAAGAAGAACAACAACAAGAAGCCAAACUGAAAUGCACAGCUAAUCACUACUAAUAGCUAACAGUCUGUAACUUUUUCAUAUAGCAAGUAGAACAUGUGAUAAUCAGAUAUAAAGUAUAACUCUUUGAUUUUGAAUAUAUAACUGUGUCAGCCACCAUCAUUGUCAUUUUCUAUUAGAGACAACUGGCAGAUCUCUCUUUCAAAGAGAAUAAAUGAGUCUGUGUGUACCUGGUAUUUAGCAAAGUGCAAAUAAAAUGUCUACAACCUG